AUGAGGAACGACUCUCCUUACACUCCUCUUCUUAAUGGCCCUCGCGAUAACCACCGUAGAGAGCUUCUUCUUGUGUUUUCCGGUUUGCUUUUACUUGCUUCGAUAAUCGCUUUUAGCGGCUUCCGCCGUGAACCUCAUGCUGACGUGUCAUCGUCAUCGUCAUCAUCGUCCUUCACAUCAUCCGAUGAAGCAACGAAACCGAGCGCGGUUUCACGAGGUGUUUCCUCCGGUGUGUCGGAGAAGUCAAACACGUUUCUCUCUGGUAGUUUCUCUCUGGUAAGGUUGGAGAAGUUGAGUCGUUUCCUUGGGAUAAUACUAUGUUGUCGUGGCAGAGAACAGCUUUUCAUUUUCAGCCGGAGAAGAAUUGGAUGA